AAGCCAAAAUCAAAAUCGUGAAGUUUAUUUCUUUCUUUUCUUUCUUCUUCUUCUUCAUAAGCUUUUCUACGUCUUUCUCUUCUUCUCCGGUUGGACCCCAAAAAUCCAGAAAGCAGCAAUCUUGAUCUGCAAACGCUUCCCAGGAGGCUCUGGACACUGCUUUCAGGUUAGGUACUAAACAUCAAUCUUGGAAGAUUUUUGAGUUGCUGAAAUAGUAGCUGCAAUGCUACAGAAUUGUUUCAUGUUUUUGGAGUCCUUAUUUCAUUCUGAGGCCUGAAGACUUGGGUUGCGACUGGUGUUAGAUUUUGUGGUUAGAUGGAGGAAUCAGAGAAAAGAAGGGAGAGGCUCAAAGCAAUGCGCAUGGAAGCUGCUUGUUCUGAAAACUCUAAUGAUUUAGCAUCCCCUAUGCCUUCCCUCUCCAACCCAUUGGCUGAUACCUCUAAAGCUAUGCAUGAUGGAUAUUGUGCUACUUCUAGGUUUGGCUUUUAUACGGACCCUAUGGCAGCAUUCUCAGCCGACAAGAAAAGAAACAAUGCUGGUAAUAAUCAAAUUUCCGCAGAUUAUUCCACUUCUCCAAUUGCUGGUGGUUCUUCCAAGAUGGGGUUUUCUUCUCCACUUCCAGCAGGACCAAGGAAUCCUGGAAUGACUUCCCCUGGAGCUUAUCAGUUUCAGAGCAAUUACACACCUAACCAGAUGUACCAAGCACGAGGUUUCGGUCUCAACUCUAGCUUCCCUAGAAGCCCGAUGGGAAUACAUAGACCUACCAUGCAUCAAGGAAAUCCAGAUGCCUGGAAUGGGUCUGGAGGUGCAGCUGGAUAUAAUUUUUCACCUAAUCCGUCAAGAGAGUGUAACUUUCCCAGUCCCCGUUUUGGACCAACAGGUAGUCCUUGUUUCAACACUGGGCAGGGCAGGGCCAACUGGCCCAACCAGAGUCCAAGCCCUGGUUUUGGACUUGGAGCCAGUUCUAGUCCGAGUUCAGGAAGAGGUGGAGAUCACUGGCGGAGUGGCAGGAGUCCUGCUUCAGGACAAAGAGGUGGAUGGGGGAAUUUUAGCCCUGGUUCGGGCCGGAGAGGUGGACGAAGGCUGGGUUCUCAUGCUCGACCCUCUGCAGUGGACAGACCACUGGGGCCAGAAAAAUAUUAUGAUAACGCCAUGGUUGAAGAUCCAUGGGAGUUUUUGGAACCCGUAAUUUGGAAGGGGGUAGAUGAUCCUUUGAAUAGUUUACGAACUCCAGAAUCUUCAAGAUCCUCAAUUUCUGGUACAAAGAGAGCAAAAACUUAUGAAGUUCCAGGUAGGUCGAAUAAUCAACCAAGCCUUGCGGAAUACUUGGCCGCCUCUUUAAAUGAAGCUGAUAACGAUUCGUCAAGUAUUUGACAGUUGUGUCUACAUUUCAAGUGCUUGGUGUAAUAGUGGAAAGGAUGAUGGACGAGAAAGGUAAACUGUGGUGCUAACCACGCAUCUAGCAGAUCUCUGAAUCUACAGAGGCAUUUUUCACACACCAGCUCUUCUGGGAUUUAGUUUUUGACAAUUGAGUUUUAUGCUAUGAAUGUAAAAUUAUCAGUUUGGUCGGUUGGUAACCAAACCCUGGAUUUCUUUUUUCACACAUGUCUAUUAAGAUUUUAGGCUCACAUGUUCUGUAAUUUAUGUCAAAUGGUUCAACUUGCAGUUUAAUGAUUUUCUCAAUUAUUCCUUUGUUUCUGA